AUGAACUUGCCAUAGUAACCGAUCUCUGAAGCAAAGCAACAACAACACAGAAACCGAUUCUCUUCCAAUUUGUUGCUCUCAUUCUCAGAUUUUGAAUCUCUCUCUCUCUCUUAUCUCAUUCCUCUGAUCGUGGAUUGAGAUGGAGACCUUACCCACGACGGUUCCGUCCAAAUCAGAACGACGAGCUCGGUCCUCCAAGUUUUCUCAGAGUUCCUCUAAACCCUCAGUUAUAAUGGCUUUCUUCUCUUGCGUCGCUUGGCUCUAUGUCGCUGGCAGGUUAUGGCAAGAUUCAGAGAAUAGAGUGGUACUCAAUAAUAUUCUUAACAAGAGUUAUCAUCAGAAGCCUAAGGUUCUUACGGUUGAUGACAAGCUAAUGGUCCUAGGAUGCAAAGAUCUUGAGAGGAGAAUUGUUGAAACUGAAAUGGAAUUGACUCUUGCAAAGAGUCAAGGCUAUCUGAAAAACCAGAAGAGUAGUUCUUCUUCAGGGAAGAAAUUGCUUGCUGUGAUUGGAGUGUAUACAGGUUUUGGAAGUUAUCUGAGGCGUAAUACAUUUAGAGGGUCUUGGAUGCCACAAGGUGAUGCUUUGAGGAAACUUGAGGAAAGAGGCAUUGUCAUACGUUUUGUGAUUGGUCGAAGUCCAAAUCGAGGUGAUAGCUUAGAUCGAAAAAUCGACGAGGAAAAUCAAGCAAGAAAAGAUUUUUUGAUUCUUGAGAAUCACGAGGAGGCCCAAGAAGAGCUACCCAAGAAAGUGAAGUUCUUCUUUAGUGCUGCUGUUCAAAACUGGGAUGCACAGUUUUACAUCAAAGUUGAUGACAAUAUUGACCUAGAUCUUGAGGGGUUGAUUGGCCUUCUUGAAAGCCGGCGUGGUCAAGAUGCUGCUUACAUUGGGUGUAUGAAGUCUGGUGAAGUGGUUGCUGAAGAGGGAGGGCAAUGGUAUGAGCCAGAAUGGUGGAAAUUUGGGGACGAAAAAUCGUACUUCCGUCAUGCAGCUGGUUCGCUGUUAAUACUAUCCAAAAAUUUGGCUCAGUAUGUAAACAUAAACAGUGGAUCAUUGAAGACAUAUGCUUUUGAUGAUACCUCCAUAGGAUCUUGGAUGAUUGGUGUUCAGGCAACUUAUAUAGACGACAAUCGCCUUUGUUGCAGCAGCAUCAGACAAGACAAGGUGUGUUCUGUGGCUUGAUCAUUGAACUCUUCCAGCAAAACCUCUGGUGUAUUAAUGGCGCUUCUGAUUCUCUGUGAGGCAGGUUCUUGGAUUAUUACCAGACUUAAUAUUGGUAUAGAAUCAGACUAUCAUUAGCCACUUUCUCAUAAUAUAGGGCUAACUCAGGA